UCUAGGAAAAUCAUUUGAGUAAAUAGCAGAAUAAUGGAUAGGGAACUAUGCCAGUAACCUACCUAAUCUUAUUGUAGAAAUUUUCAGGAUGAAUGAUUGGACCAUGCAAACUAGAAAUGCUUUUUCUUGGAUAAAGGAAGAGAUUACCCGAUCCAUUUCCGUAUUGCUCAUGAUAUAUAUAAUAACUCGAGCACCCAUUUCAAAUGCAUAUCCCAUUUUUGCUCAACAGGGUUAUGAAAAUCCGAGAGAAGCUACCGGGCGGAUUGUAUGUGCUAAUUGCCAUUUAGCUAAUAAGCCUGUAGAUAUUGAGGUUCCACAAGCGGUACUUCCCGAUACUGUAUUUGAAGCAGUUGUUCGAAUUCCUUAUGAUAUGCAAGUUAAACAAGUUCUUGCUAAUGGUAAAAAAGGGGCUUUGAAUGUAGGUGCUGUUCUUAUUUUACCAGAGGGUUUUGAAUUGGCCCCUCCUGAUCGUAUUUCGCCCGAGAUUAAAGAAAAGAUAGGUAAUUUGUCUUUUCAAAGCUAUCGUCCCACAAAAAAAAAUAUUCUUGUGGUAGGCCCCGUUCCUGGGAAGAAAUAUAGUGAAAUUACCUUUCCUAUUCUUUCUCCAGAUCCCGCUACUAAGAGAGAUGUUCACUUCUUAAAAUAUCCUAUAUAUGUAGGCGGGAAUAGGGGAAGGGGUCAGAUUUAUCCCGACGGGAGCAAGAGUAAUAAUAAUGUUUAUAAUGCUACAGCAACAGGUAUAGUAAAUAAAAUUAUACGAAAAGAAAAAGGUGGAUACGAAAUAACGAUAGUGGAUGCAUCGGAUGGACGUGAAGUGAUUGAUAUUAUACCGCCAGGACCAGAACUUCUUGUUUCAGAAGGUGAAUCUAUGAAACUUGAUCAACCAUUAACGAGUAAUCCUAAUGUGGGUGGAUUUGGUCAGGGGGAUGCAGAAAUAGUGCUUCAAGAUCCGUUACGUGUACAAGGUCUGUUGUUCUUCUUGGCAUCUAUUAUUUUGGCACAAAUCUUUUUGGUUCUUAAAAAGAAACAAUUUGAAAAGGUUCAAUUGUCCGAAAUGAAUUUUUAGGUAUGUGGAUUUAUCAAUCUAUUAAGCUGGUAAUAAAGAACUACAUUUUUGUUGAUAAAUUAUGGAAAGACCUUUUGGUUUUUCUAGUUUUUUUCUCCUCUAUUUAAAGAAUUCCUUGUACCGUAGAACUAGUCAGUCAUAGUAUGUAUAUUGUGAAGAAGAGUAUUUUACUUUGGUUCUUGUCUUUUUUUUUCAACUCUACAAUUAAUUCGAACAUAUGAUUAUGUAGCUGUUUUCACAUUUCAAUGCGCUAGAAUAGAAAUCUAUUAAUCCUUUUCUAUUGUAAUAGAAUUAAAUUCCACUCGAUACUAAACCUAAAAAAAAAAUAGGCAAAGAAUAUUCUAUUAAGUAAAGUAGAAAUAGGGAAAACAGGAUUCUAGGAUGGAUAAUUUGUCUUUUCCUAGAGUCCCAUUCCUUAUUGUUUAUUGUUUAUAUCGAAAUAGAUACGUAGUGAAAUAAUGGACAAACAAAAAAGAUCGCGAAUUUAAUUCACUAAAUAAACUUCCUUAAUUAACUUAAAAAAAAAAUAAUAAUUAAAUCAUAAUUCUAUAUUAUUACAGAAUAAAAUCUAUUUAGAGUAAGAUUCUGUUAGUAUAGUAUCAAAAAGGUUCGGUUCUACAGAAUAUUUGACCGCUAGAAAAUAGAUUCUAGAAUUAAGAAUUCUUGCAAAAUAAAAUUUGUAGAAUACAAUAUGAUUGCGCCACCCAGAAUAAUUAAAUCAAGUAAUUUCUUCUUUCUUUUACUUUUCGUUCAACUUUAAAGCAAAAGUAUCGACAGAUAUUAUCCAAAAAAAAAAAAAAAUGUUUUGAACGAAUUAAUGAAGUUUAUUUUUCAAAAACAUUAUAAAAAAAAUGGAGUUUUUUGAAACAUACCAAAAAGUUAUCUAUUGAAUCCCUUACAAAAAGAUUCUGAUUAGGAAGAACUCAACAGGACCCCCUCGAAUUCAUCAAAGAAAGAGUGGAUCCCCGUUGAGUUCUUAUGCUUUCAUUUCAAAAACUUAAUUCAUCCUAGUCUAGUAUUACAGGGAUGAUCCCAAUCCGGAAUAUGAACCAUAAAAGAAAAUACCAACUAAACCGAUCACGACAAUACCUGUUACAGUACCUAUUAUCCAAAGAGGAAUCCUUCCGGUAGUAUCGGCCAUUUAUCCCACUUUCCUCCACAUUUGAUCAA